GCUUGAUAUUAGAUUGUUUUUAGCUUGUUUUUGGUUUUUAAGCUUGAUAUUAGCUUGUUUUUAGCUUGUUUUAUAAAUAAAGCUUGAUAUUAGCUUGUUUUUAGCUUGAAAUUAGCUUGUUUUAGGUUGUUUUUCGCCCGGUCGGACCACCGUUAGUGGACUACCCUGGAUGUACACGUGUCCUGGGUUAAAGGCGGAGAAUGCUGACCCGGGUUGGCCUGGUUCUGCUGUUCUGGUUCUGUCCGCGGAGCCGGGCUCAGCACGAGGACUACAACAGCUGGAGGUCGUCCGAUGGUCUCUGUCGCUAUGGAAACAGCGUGGAGUGUUGCUGGGGCUGGAGACGGACGGAGCUGGGAAGCUGUCAACCUUACUGUCAGCAGGGUUGUAAACAUGGAGAGUGUGUCGGACCAGACAGAUGCAAAUGUCAUCCAGGAUACACGGGCAAGGCCUGCAACCAAGAUCUGAACGAGUGUGGCGUGAAGCCUCGGCCCUGUAAGCAUCGCUGCAUGAACACGCUGGGCAGCUACAAGUGUUUCUGUCAGGACGGAUACACACUGCAGCAGGACGGGAGCUGUAGGAAUGCUCGAACCUGUUACCAUGCCAACUGUCAGUACGGCUGCGAGGUCGUCAAGGGGACGGUCCGAUGCACCUGUCCAUCGCCGGGGUUACGGCUGGGGCCGGACAGACGCACCUGUAUCGACAUCGAUGAGUGUGUGUCGGGCGGAGGUGUGUGUCCUCGCCGUAGGAAGUGUGUGAACACGUUUGGCAGCUUCCUGUGUAAAUGUCACCUCGGCUUCAAGCUCACCUACAUCAACGGGCGCUACUCGUGCAUCGACAAGGACCCCCGGCCAUUCUGCUCCCUGAACCCGUCCUCUCCAAAGUGCCGCCGUAGAGCUGUACUCAAAGUGACUCUGGAGCCACAGAGGCCGAGAACUACAAGAACUACAACUCCCAGCGUCAUCGUCACCACCUCCACUGCUACUACUACUACAAAUCUUCUCACGACGACGACGACAGCUCAGCCGAUCGCGACGACAACAGCUCUGGUUACUCCUGGCACCGCGACAGCCUCUCCCGUACCGACUGCGAGUAGAACUACAACUCCCACAAUACCCACGAGUACUUCGAGUACAAAACCUGCUACCACCGCUGCAAGUACGACUGCUUCUACGCCUCUGCGUACAACAACUGGACUGGAAACUACAAAUGAAAUGGAAACUACAACUGGACUGGGGACUACAACUGGACUAGGGACUACAACUGUACUGGGGACUACAACUGUACUGGGAACUACAACUCCCAUAAUACCUACGACUUCUUCUUCAAGUACAAAACCUGCUCCGACCGCUGCGAGUACGACUACUUCUACGCCUCUGCUUACUACAACUGAACGUGGAACUACAACUGCACUGGGAACUACAACUGGAUUGGAAACUACAACUGGACUGGGAACUACAACUCCCAUAAUACCUAUGACUACUUCUUCGAGGACAGAACCUACUGCUGCUUCUAGUACUGUUUCUUCUACUACUGUUUCGAGUACAACACCUGCGACUAUGAGUACUUCUACCCUGGUUACUUCAGCCUCUCCUACAGCGGAACCAAGAACAACAACAACAACAACAACAACGGUUACCGUGACGACGGCGUCCACCCACCCGCCAACGACGACGGUGGACAACCGGAUCGAUAAGGACGUGACGCAGAGACAGAGAGGAGACGUACACAUCCCUCGACAGCCCAGUCCCAACCAGGUGUGGGAGUUUGACAUCGAGCUGGGGAACACGGCCGAGGAAGCCCGAGACGAUCCCGAGGCUGGUGUACUUCUCUGUACCUUUGACCGUGGCCUGUGUGACUGGAUGUCCGACGGAGAAGGAGAUCUUCACUGGGAAACAGCUCACAGACCCACAGGUGGGCGUUACCUUUUGGUCCCAGAGCUGAAGGCGGGACAACGGAGCAUCCGCGGAGCUCGACUGGCCGUCCAAAUAGUCCCGCCCUGGAGCCACGGUGACCUGUGUUUCUCCUUCUCCCAUUGGCUGACGGGGAAUCACGUGGGCGUGCUGCAGCUGUUUGUGCGGGAAACGGGACGACACCAAAGGUACAGCUCCGCCCUCUGGAGCCGGGCGGGUGGACACGGAUGGAGACACACACAGGUUACCUUGGCAACGCACUCUCUGGACACGCUGUUGUUGAAGGCCGAGCGAAGGAAAGGCCGGCGAGGCCAGAUAGCCGUUGAUGAUGUCACACUGAGACGAGGCGCAUGUCGCUGACAGACAGGAAAUCAUCCUCUGGGAUCUCUGUUAUCGUAAUACUAUCAACAUCGCUGUAUUUCAUCAUGUUUCCAGAUGUUUUCCAUGUGUGUAAAUAUCUUUUCAAAGACCAGAUGAGUCCCUCGGUCAGGGUACUGAAGUAUAAUCCGUAUUUCGUUUCAAACCAAAAACAAAAUUAUGAGCUCCGUUUUCCCGUUUUUGUCCAUCCAAAUUAAAAAUUAAAUUUUUUUGUUAUUCGUGUUUCUGUUUUAACCCAAGAGGGAGAAUACGGGCUCAUUUUUAUAAUGUGCAUAAUCACUGAAAAUCUGAUGGAACACAGGUCUCCUUUAUAAUGUUAUUUUGGUCUUAACGUGUUAAGAUCAAAGUUGACUAAAACCGAUGCGCUCUGGACAGGAAGUAACAUUGACGUGUCAAAAUAAAAGUAUGAGAGCUGUAAUAACAUCGACCCGUUUUUUUCGUUUUUUUGGUUUAAAACGAAAAAACGGAUUAUACUUUAGUACCCUGACGGUCCUUUUUGUCACUUAAAUCUGUUUAAGUACGUGCAGUUUUCAUGUGAUUUUGUAUAUAUUAUAUAUUUUUCAUAAACACUGACAUGAUAAACUCGUCCAUUAAUUUGUGACAUUUUGAA